UGCUGCUCCUAAAGAAAAGGCCAAACCAGUUGUCUUGAAAAAAGGACAAGAGGACGCUCCCAGAAAUGUCUCUGUGGUGAAACCCAGAGUCAAAAUAGUGCCGAUGAAAAUGGAAGUCAAGCCUCUGAAAGAGAAAGUUAAAGCGGGUUCUAAAAAGACUGCAGCCGAGGUUUCAAAACAGAAGCCCAAACCAGUUUUAACAAAAAAAGAAUCUGCUCCUCUCAAGACUAAAACAGCUACAGUAGUCAAAGAGGCAGAAGUUUCACACAGAAACGUCUCCCUGACAAAGGAGAGGGUCAAGGUCGUACCACUGAAGAAAGUGCCUGUAACUCCAAAAGUAAAAGUCAAACCAGCAGCAACAAAGAAAGCUGAAGUUCUCAAGGAGAAGAAGGUCGAGCCAGUGACACCCACAAAGGCGCCUGUCGUCAAAGCGAAACCUAGAGCUGUCGAAAAGAAGAGAGCUGAGGCUCCCAAGGAGAAGAAGGCCAAGCCAGUGACUCUGACAAAAGAGGCAGAAGUUUCACACAAGAAUGUCUCGCUGACAAAGGAGAAGGUCAAGGCUGUGUCGCUGAAGAGAGAAGCUGUCACUCCGAGAGAGAGAGUCAAACCAGCAGCAACUAAAAAAGUGGUCGAGAGUCUCAAGGAGAAGAAAGCUGAGCCGGUGACUCCCACAAAAGCACCUGUUAUCAAAGCGAAACCUAAAGCUGCUGAAAAGAAGAAAGAAGCUGUGCUGAAGGAAAAGGCAAAACCCUCCAAGAAAGAAGCUGAGGCCAAACCAGCUCUCUCUAAGAAAGCAGCCGAGGUGAAGGAGAGGCCGAAGCAGCUCACGAGAAGAAAGAGGAAAGAGUUCUUAAAGAGAUUCAGGAACCUGCGAUAAAAGAAAAAACUGUGGAAAAGAAAGUUGCCAAGGAGGAGAAAGUGAAAGCUGAGCCUUCUGUGUCAGACAGCCUUCCCAUGGACGACGAGAUGCCCUACUUCCAGUGUUUCUUUGUGGAUGAGGACGAGGCCCAGUUUCCGUUCUACGCCUUUUCACCUCUGCACAUUUGAAGCUUCAGCCUGAAUCACGUCUGAGGUUUACGAUUGAUAACGUGGUGUGUCGCCCUGCACUGUAUAAAUGCGGCCUGCUGUUCACUGUUGGUCGUCAGCAGAAUACCUCUGACAGCAGCGGAGGAGGACGGGUUACUUUCAUGUGAUGGACCGAUUUUUUUUAUUUAUUUCCAGAUUUGGUUGAGCUCUCGUAACCAAACGCGCAGCCAGUGUCAUUCCUUUCUGUCUUUUUCUUUAAUACCUUUUUUUUCACUUCAUUUGAGACGUUGAGAUUAUUCUAAAAGGAACCAUUUAUUAUUUUAACUUUUUUUUGGAUCAUUCAUUUAGCUCCUGACAGCAAACAAUGCAUAACUGAAUAAAAUGGUGCAUUUUUAUAGAAGUGUAGAGUAAGUUCAACUGUACUGUAAACGGGGUACAAAAAAAGGUCACAGGUGACGUAUGAGAGGGAUAAUGGAUUAAAUGCCUCUAAGAACACAUUUACUUGAAGAGUGUACAGUUGUACAUUUUUACGCUCAGUCUGUUUAAUUUUAGCUUUUUUUUUCCUCAUCGCAUUGUGGAAGGCAAAGUUCAUAACGCUACAUUUGUCCUGCUUUUCAAGCCAUUGGAUUAAUAUUCAGGCUUUUUGUGUAAAUUCCAUUAUUCAUGAUAUUUUUCAUUUAAUCCUUUCAUUUCUUCCCUAAUGGGAACCAACAAAGGAAGUGUUUUUUGUUUGUUUGUGUCCACUUGUUAUGUGUUAAAAGGAAUGACCAUGCACUGUAUAUGAGAGCUCCCAAUCCUGCCGAUGUAACACUACCUAUGAAGUCUUAUUAAACUACACCAUGACGCCCAUUUGAUGCUACUUGUUUUAGUCGACAGGAUGACCAGUAUGAGUUCUUUCUUGCACAAAGACUAUUUUCAAACUGGGACAUCAAAUGUAGGGUACAUGAGAUGAGUUUUUAUUGUCAGUCACAGGAUGACUGUUGCGACAACGUCGACCAAACACUGUCACUAACUUUGGUCAGUGGCUGUUAGCUUGAGUGCACAACAUAGUCCGCCCAUGUAUACGAGCAACUAGUUGUUGUGAUUAUUUAACACAUCACAGAGCGUGUGUCUCAUACAGGAGCAUCCCUUUAAUGAUGCUUCUAUGAAAGAUAACAGGAUUUCAUUUACAGUUUAGUGAAUAUCCUGUGCAUGGGGUGUGUGAUAUGGCUUUCAUGAUGAUUUUAAAGACUGAAACUGGACAAAGAUAAAGUCCAUGUCCUGAAUUUGAAAUCUCUGAAGAAUGAUGUCAAGAGAGCUGCGAGACUCGGCUCCUCUUAAACCUUUAUGGUACAAGCUGAAUGUUUUUUUACGUCGACGUUACCUUAAACCUUAAAUAGUACAUUAACUCUGUGAUGAUGUCUGCUCAUCAUGUGAUUACAAUUCAAGAUUCUGCAAAGGGCAUCACAUGUUGGAGCAGAAGAUCUCAGGUAUAAAGUCAGCUGUUUUCAUACAGCUCUUCAUACGACGACACUCCAGAUUCUGCACAGUUAUUUUAGCUUGUGUCACUUAUACCAGGGCAUACUGGAAAAGUAAACCCACUUAUGUUUUUAUUACAAUCAUAGAAAUGCUCUAUUAGAACAUGAUUGGUGCGUAAGACUUCUGCAGAGCACAGUGAGCCCUGGCUCUUGAGUUUCAGGUUGAUGCUGCACUGUCACGUUGUCUGUUAGUUCCCAAAAUGUACGAGGAACUGAGCACGAUUUUUUUUUUAAAUAUUCAUAUUGAGUUCAUUUGUUUUAGUUUAUGCAUUGAAGUCAUGGAGAUUUGUUACAUUGUGACAAAAGAUACAACAUGUAUUUUAUUUAUUUUCACUGAGUUGUAUCUACAGCCUCAAACUUACCAGGUAAACAUGUGCAAUCCCUUUAUUUAUUUUUUAAAUCUCUCAUUGAUCUAAGCACUGUACGAUUGUCUGAUAGUCCUCGAUUGAAAUGUGCAUGAUGUGUGUGCUUUUGUUUUAUGCUUUCAGAUGAUUUUGUGACAUUAUUUCCCGAUUUGGAUAAAAGGCAGCAACAAAGACGUGAAAUGACUGAUCAGGCUAUUUGAACCAAUAACUGAUAUUUGUCAGGCAGCGGUGUUUCUAACAUGAUACCUGACAAACUUCAUUGAAAGUAUUCCUACAUGAUCUCAUUGUAAAUAGGCAAAUCAUUUGAAAAUAGAGUUGCUCCCUGAAAUCAGACGAUGUAUCAAUUUGUCCAUUACAUCUGCCUCCUGCCUGUGAAUAGUAGCAAUUUGACAUUAAAACAUAGAAGAGCA